AAUAAAAAAAAAUAAAACUAAAAUUUGAUUGAAAUAAUCAAUACGAAAGUGAAACAAUAAUUCUAAAUCGAAAUGACUGAUUUAACGUAAAAACAUAAAUAAAAUACUUGUAAUUAAAAAUAUUGUAUACCAGUAACCCUUACAGUUUAGAGGUUAUAAACAUUAAUUUCAUUUUUCGCCGAGGUCGUUUCGUAAAUCGUAAAUAUGCGGACUUAUAAGCGUAGGAAUGUAAAAGAGUGUAUAGAGCCUAUUGAGGGAGUACUCGGGCUGUGCAGACUGUGUCUGGAGGAAACUAAGGAGAGUGUUCCCAUUUUUACCAAUAAAAGUGAUAUCUGCACCGUGCUCGCCACUAGAAUAUUGAUGUGUGUUGGCUAUGAGAUUACACGAGAAGAUUGUCUACCGAACGCAAUAUGCACUGAGUGCCACAAUAAAUUGAAUAAAUAUUAUGAGUUCCGAAAGAAAUGUGAUAGUACAUACAUUAAACUAAAAAAUCACUUACUUGCUGUACAGGCAAGAACACCUAAAAAGCUUAGUGCUGAACAAGAAGAGCAUAAGGCUUUAUUGGGCAGUAUGUCAAUCUGCCCAAUCAGUCAGUCAGUCUGUCCUAUCAGUCAAUCUGUUUGUCCAGUCAGACAGUCAAUCUCUCCAAUCGACCAGACAGUCUGCCCAAUUAUCCAGUCAGUAUGUUCAAGUAGCCAGUCAGUUUCUUCAAUUAGUCAGUCAGUCUAUUCAAUUAAUCAGCCAAUCUGUUCAAUUAUCCAGUCAGUAUGUUCAAGUAGCCGGUCACGGCAGUCAGUUUCUCCCAUUAGUCAGUCAAUCUGUUCAAUUAAUCAGCCAGUCUGUUCAAUUAUCCAGUCAGUAUGUUCAAGUAGCCAGUCAGUUUCUCCAAAUAGUCAGUCAGUCUGUCCAAUUAGUCAGCCAGUCUGUUCAAUUAUCCACUCAGUCACUCAGCCACUAUGUGCAGUCAGUCAGUCAGUCAAUCAAUUAGAUAGUACAAAUGCUCAGUUACACAGUACAGAUAAUAAUCAGUUAAAUGGCACAGUUGGCCAGUCAGAUUGGACAAUCAGUCAGUCAGACACAUCUUUAGACAGUCAUUUAGUGACCAUGUCAAGAGAUCAGCUUAUGCUUGCGUUUGAAAAGCCGUUAGAAAUUGUACAAACUGAGUUACAACAAAAUGGAUUGGAUAGUACACUUAAUAUAUGGAUGGACGGCGCUGUGGAUAAAAAUGUGGAGGACAUUCCUCAAGAACCUAGUCAAACUAAACCAACAGAAUUGUGUCCGGACGUCACUGAGUUCCUGUGUUCAAUACUUGUAGAGAUGGGCAUUCUGAAGAGACACCAAAAUGAGCUGCAAAUGAUAGAAGAGUACAGAACGAUACAGGUAGAGACAGGCGAUUGCAGACAGAUCACUUUGGAGUUCGUUCAAAUUGAAGAGGAACAAUCAACUCCAACAACGAUGAUAAAUAAUAAAACGAAAGAAAAUGGAAAAACAAUAAAUGAGGUCACAAAAAAAAAGAAUGAGGUGUGGUCUGUUCAGGCGUCCGCGGUGCCCCGAGUGCGGGCGGGAGUUCUCCACGCGCGCCGUGCUCAAGCGGCACCUGCGCACGCACACCGGCGAGCGCCCCUUCCGCUGCGCCAGCUGCGGGCUCAGCUUCACGCAGCGAGAGGUGCUGACGCGGCACGCACUGGUGCACCGACCGGUGCGCCCGUUCGCGUGCGCGCGCUGCCCCAAGAGCUUCACGCAGCGCGGCGCGCUGGCGGCGCACGCGCGGCGCCACGCGCCCGCCGACCCCGCGCCCGUGCACGACUGCGCGCUCUGCCCCAAGCGCUUCCUGCACGCCUCCGGGCUGUCUCGCCACAUGAAGGCGCACCUGGGCCGCGUGUGGCAGUGCGGCGCGUGCGGCAAGCACUUCAGCGACGACAGCGCGCUGCGCCGCCACCGCCGCCUCAAGCACGAGCCGCACCACGCGCACCAACCGCACCAGACGCACCAACCGCCGCAAGAGAUAUAACUAUAUGGAGCUGCCGAACACUCAAAAUACUUUUUUUGGGUUGUUCCCAUUGGGUCACACUCUCGUGAGUAACACUGACACAACGGGUGAAAUUCCUCUUCAGUCCUAAUGUGACACAAGAGGAAUUUAGUUUCCGGAUGAGUCACAUUCGUGUGUGACAGUGUAGCUGAACGAGAAAAAUAUUAUCCUUGAGCCACUCUGUGACAUAUAACGCCACUUUAUUCGUGUCCUUAAUUUCCACCAUUUCAUAAAACUUACGUAAAACGUACUUACGUAAUUGUUACAAGAAGAAAAAAAAACUGUCAUAGUGUUACGGGAGUAUGACUCAACGGGAACAACCCCGCUAUCUAUUGGUGCAAUGUGAACGAAGGUGAUAAGUGUAAGAUCCAAUAUCGACAUCGACAAUGGGGAAGAUUGCUUACAACUUUUAUGUAGAGGGUGGUUUCUUACCUGUUAAAAGACUGAUAAAAACUGUUCAUUGUAUGAAUAGAUUUCUGAAGUUUUCGCGAAGUUUUUUUAAAAAGUACCUAUUUCAAUUGAUUUUUCGUAAGACCAUAGGUGAGCUCGUUGUGAGGCUUAUACGCGUAGAUAUUUUAAUCUUGAUGUUUUCAGCCCACUGAAUUGAACUCAUUUCCAACCAAAACAGCCUAAAACUGUACUGAAAUUGAAUACCGAUGUUCAUGACUCCAAGAACUCAUUUACAAGCCACAUGGUCUAAAACUGUAAAUUAAGCCCGAAUUUUGUGAUUAUGAUCAAAGCAGUCUCAACAGUACAACAGUAAAGUUUAAACAGUUUUCAUUCCUCAGUCUUUUGCUCCUGUAAAAUUUUAUUUCGUGUUUCGUGCAUUUACACGUUUUCGCCAGCUCCACGUAUUAUGUAAUUAUGAUUUUAAAACAUCCCUCAGAGAUAUAAUAGGUAUGUGUUAAUACUUAUUUAAUUUAUUAAAGGCCGAUCUUUUAAUUGCUUAAAUUUUUUAAAUACCAUAAUGUGUGAACAAAUAAAUUUUAUUUAUCAGAAUUCCUAUAAACACCUGUCAAACUUAUUAGGCUAUUGAAAAAUCGGGACUUUAAAUUAUAUUAAAGGUCUGAACGCACUUACGCCUCGGCGCGCUUUGCUCCAUACAAACUAUAUUUGCCGCAUCACGUCGCGCGCGCAGCGUAAGUGCGUUUGGACCUUGAUUAUUAUUGUUAUAACUAAACACCCAUAUUGGGUUUAUAGUAUAUUUAAAUAAUUUUAUUUAUUCGUUGGUUUUUGUCAAUCAAUCGUACAACGGAGUAGUUGUUACAGUUAAAAUUGUAUAGUAUACUUAGCAAUUGUUUUGCGUUUUAUAAGUAUAAUAAUUUCUCAAAGAUAUGGGGAUGGAUAUUUUCUCACAUGUUUCUGAAGUAAACGAAACUUUGACUAUGCGCUACGUAUUUUCCUACAUAAUGUAAAUACAUACUUAGCGCAUAGGUUUAUUAGAUCUCUUAGAGAGCGGUGAGGCGCAGCGCAAAUUGCAUUUUUCAUUGCCACACCAUUAUCGACUUUACUCAGGUUAAAAUAAUAUCGAAAAUCAAUUGGCACUAGAUUAAAGGGAAAAGUACGACUAGUGUGUUAAUUGAUUUUCGAUAUUAUUUCAACGUGUGCAAAGUAGAUAAUGACUUGGCAGUGAAAAAUGUUCUGUGCUGCGCUACAGAGCAUUGAGUUUGAAAUAUACAAGCUCGGAAGUAUUUUUAUAUAAAAAAAGUAUCUAUAAUUCUUUUUUAAUAAAAUACUAAAGUUAUGAAAUCUUUCAUUUCACAAAAUUUUACCAAAGAGAUAGAAGAUAGAGGUUAAAAUUCAGACAAAUAAAACUCAAUUGGAUUUUACUUAAAACAUUUUAUUGGAAAAAAAUUUCAUCCUAUAUUGAAAGGCAACGUGGUAAGUAUUGUAUAUUUUAAUAUUUAUGUUGAUGAAACAUUCAAGAACGUUGAACUGUACCGAUGAGGUUCUAAACGGCGACACGGACUUGAUAUAUCCCUUUUUAUAUGAAAAAAAAAGAAAAUAACGCAGUGUAAGAAAAACCAUUCAGUGGUCUGACGAAAGAUUCGGCGUGACUAGAUGAGUGGUCACCGUGUUAGUCCCAAUGACUACCAGUGGUGUAUGUAGUAGUUUGCGCUCACACCAUGCACGAUUACACGGAAAGAAGUUAAUAUAGGGCUCUUUCUGUUACGUAAUCCCAUACAAAUGAUAGAGACUAAAAUCUCAGAGGGGACCAUUUUGAGUCACCGACCAAUCACAAACAUGUAUUCGAAAACGGUUUCGUUUGUGAUUGGUUCGUAACUCAAAAUGGUCAACGCCUACUGAAAUUUUUGUCUCUAUCAUUUGUAUGGGAUAACGUAACAGAGAGAGCCCUAUACGUGCUAACUUCUUUCCGUGGAUAUAGUAUAGAGGCCUCCGUGGGUCGACUGCAUUGGUCUCUUUAGACUGUUAUUUAUAGGACGAAAAUGAUCAAAUAAUGCAAAAAUGCUGCUAAUUCAGUUACAACAAAUGUGUAAACUAAAUUGAGUAUUGUUAUCCUUUUUUCAAUGUUUCUUUAGGAAAAGGAUAGCACUAUUUUUUCGACCAGCCACUAGUUUAAUGUGUACAGCCGAAUCAGCAUUACUACUACUAUUACGUGAAAAGUAUUUUAAAUAUUAUAAACUUCUAAUGAUUGACCCAUAAAAAGAUUAAAACUUGAGAUAAAACAGUAAUCGAAAGUAGAGUUUGAAAACCUUAGGCUUAGUACAAUAGUUCUGUAUGUGACCAAAAGGAGCGCAAUAUUUACAAGGACUAGCGAUCCAAAGUUACCAAAAUCAAAGUAUGUCGUUUUCUAGGGAUAUAUACCGUGGUUAAUUAAUUGUAUUUGUACACAAUCUCAAAACUAAAUGGACAGGUCUAAGGUUAAAAAUAGAGCACACUUUGACUUUGCUUAGACUUAAGUUUCCGUUAAAACGAGAUAGAUUUAUGACAGCGGUAUAACGCUGUCUCGUUUUAACAGUGUCUUAAGUGUGAGCAAAGUCAAAAUGCGCUCUACAGAUCUCAGCCUAAAUCUAGUGCUAUCCUUUUCCGAAUGAAGCAUUAUAAAAGCGAUAGCAAUAUUUUUAGACCCGUUGCUUUUAGUUCAGAGAUUGUGUACAAGAGAAUUAGCCACAAUUUGUGAUAUUUCGAGAAUGUUCCGUGUUGCUGAUAGAGCUCCCCAUAGGUCUAAAAGCGCACUUUGACUUUGCUCAGACUGUUAAAAGAAGACAGCGUUAUAUCGCUGGCAUAACUUUGUCUCGUUUUAACUGAAACUUAAGUCUGAGCAAAAUCAAAGUAUGCUCUAUAGAUCUAAGCCUUACAGUCGGUGAGGGAUAUGCAACGGAUGGCACUUAUUGUUAACGAACACGUACAAAACAAACCAUUUGAAAAUAUAAUUAGUUUUCCACAAGAUUUAUUCUCAAAAAAAAACCAAGUACACGCCACCGCAUUUUUUUCACUUACAUGGAAUGCCUUUAAUACACUUAAAAAUAACAUUAUACACAUCCUAUAUGCAUACAAAUAGAUAAUAAUAAUAUUAUAUAGUUUAGAAUUUUGUUCACAAGGUAAUAUUGAGGGGGUAUUUGCACAGAACCGUACAGUGUGGGACAUGGCUGGACCACGUAUCGUUAUGUGACGCUGACGUCGGUCGCGUACAGAUUGUCAGGCAAAAAGAUAGUGUUGUUUAACCAAUAAAGAAAUAAAUCGAAGGGCGGUUGGUUAAUCAUUCGAUCUUCCUUACACAGUAUACCUGUGUAAAUCAUAUGAGUGAGACGGAAUCAUUUCGAUUUGUUUCAUUACUGGCGACUGGUAUACUGCUCUUUCCUACAGCGAGGGAAGCGGAAGGUACUAAAGAUUGCGCGGGAUAGACACACCUACCUUGCGCCUCACUUCGUAGUCGUACCACCAGACUGAUAAAUUACCCACUGCGCAG